AGAGCUCACAUUUCUCACGGAUGACGAGCAACCGCGAUACCCGACGUUUGGAAUCUAAAAUCGCACUUUCCUGUUUCAUUUAUGACUAUUGACUUCUCCUAUCCUUUCGUUUUUUCGUUAAAGUGAAUCCAAGUGUGACUUUUGCCUGACAGAAACUGAAACUGAAAGGCAGUCUUUACUUUUAUCCAACCGGUGAUUCGGUGGAGGAUGACGUUGGUCCUGCGGUGAAGCGGCUCGUGCCUGCAGAGUCCUCUCGUGUUGGAUGUCAUUCUGGUCCACAGUGGUUCUCGUGAGCUCGUCUUUCCGGCAGCAGAUGAGCCUCGCGGCCUGACCUCUCAGAGAGACCCCGUGAUCAGCAGGUCAGUGAUCGAUCAGAUCCGCCAUGAACGUGAUCGGCAGCUACCAGCAUCACCACCUCAUGCACGAGACCUUCCCAUUCGUCCCGCGGUGCGCCCAGGAGCCCUACCUCCACAGCUGGGGCCCCCAGGCCUACCCGGCCGAGGCCGUGUACGGGGGGCCCCCGGGGGGCCACGACGCCCCGCUGGAGGGGCUGUCGGCCCGUGGCGGCACGCGCCGGCCACCGGGGCCCAAGAAGGAGCGACGGCGGACAGAGAGCAUCAACACGGCCUUCGCGGAGCUCCGCGAGCGGAUCCCCAACGUGCCCGCGGACACCAAGCUGUCAAAGAUCAAGACGCUGCGGCUGGCCACCAGCUACAUCUCCUACCUGAUGGACGUGCUGGCCGCGGACUGCGGCCACGCCGAUGGCUUCAAGGCGGACAUCAAGAAGUUCGACAACCGAGAAACCAAGCGCAAGCGAGAACUGAGCGACGGGCUGCAGGAGUCGGCGGCGGGGGAGAAGCGUCUGAAGGGCCGGACGGGCUGGCCGCAGCAGGUCUGGGCGCUGGAGCUCAACCCGUAAAGCCCGGGAGAAGUCCUGAGCGGGUCUGCGCCCUGGACCUCACCCCGAGGGGACCAUGGGCAGGACUGGCCUCUGGACCUCAGCCCGUGAGGACCGGAGCGGGGCUUGGCCCUGGAGCUCAGACCUAGGGGACCCGGGGCCCACACUGUAGGGUUAUGAAGGAGGCAGGAGCCUGGUCCCGGACCGGAGAGACACUGAGACCUGGUGAUGAUAUCGGAGACUGUCCGUCCUGUUGCUGUUUGAUGUUGGAUCUACCUCAGAAAUAUCGUCCGUUUAAGAAGAUUUAAUCCAUUAGGACUUUUAGGCUUCGAGAGAUUGGACGAAUAGAACAACGUAUUCAUUAUACAUGCUGUAUGGUUAUAAUAAAGGAUUGUUAUCGUUAUUAUAUUAUAAUAAAUUAUAAUAAAGAUUUAAUUUAGGACACACGUGUUCAUUGGACUGUCUGAUUGCUUUGGAUCCGCGUCCACAUGGUCCAGGAUUUUAUAAAAAACUAGGUUAAAUUAAAAUAAAACAUUAUUGAAAUUAACUUCAACCAUGAACUAUGAAACCUAUUAAAUUACUUCAAAAUAUCCUUCGAGUAAAAAGUCCAAAUGGAAACACAACCACAUUAACCUGCGGCCAUGGAGCUCAAAUAACGUCAUUUUUUAAAUAAUAACAGCUUUUUUACUACAUAUAUUCUAUCUAUAUCUAUAUCUAUAAAAAUAAAUUAAAAAAUAUAUAGGCUAUAGAAACAAUUUAAAUAUUAAGUUAUUUAGUAUAUAUAGGCUAAGGAGAAACAUCUGAGGAUAUAUCCGAGACAGUGACUUUCUCUCUUUCUGAAUACUGGUCUCAGCAAGACGUUUUUAAAAAUAGAAAAUAGGCCUAUCUUAUGAUACUAAAAUAUGACAUAUUUAGUUGAUCAUGGAAUCGGUGGGGAAAUCUACAAUACUUUUUCUCAGGAGUCCCUAUUUCUUCCAAACGCCAAUACCGAGGUCAGAUUUCUCUUGAAGAGUCUCGACCUUUGUUUAAAAUAUGCCCAACAUUGAGGAGCUUCUUAGAAGGCUCAUAGAAAAACUAUAGGCUGUUACUUUCCCCAUUGUGUUAGAGCAUUUAAAGCUUUAGCAGGAGAAUCCUUCCUCUGAAACACAUGAUCAGCUCUUUACUCCGGUCUACCUUGACGAAGACUCCGGUCUGCUUGAGGAAGACUGCGGUCUUCUUGAAGAAGACUCUGGUCUGCUUGAGGAAGACUCCGGUCUUCUUGAGGAAGACUCCGGUCUGCUGAGCGCAAGGACAUAUAGUGCACGCCACGCAGCCGGCUGGGUAGACAGACAGGUGGGCUUUCCAAAAAUGUAAUUCGGGCCGAAUGAUUGAUUGAUUGAUGAUUGAUGGAUUCUAAGAUAAUUAAGAAAAUUAAGGAAAGCGAACAAACAUGGCUCUAAGCUAAAUCUCUUACCAUAUCUUCAAGCAUACUUUGACCCACAGAGUCCUCCGUGGUCUCUGAUCGAUCGGGGUUACGGCGAAACCGUGGGGCCACGGUGCUAGUACUGCACCAAGACAGAACCGUAUGGCGUUUUUUUUUUAUGUAGGCUACUUCGAAAAUGUGUGUAGUAGCCUACCCUUCUUCACAUUAGGCCCGU